AUGGACUACGAAUAUUACCACCACGACUAUUACUAUGACGGCUACAAUGACUAUGACGGAUGGGAUGGCGAGUAUGGGGGAGAGGAUUACGACUACAACGAGUCCUACUGGGAAGACGAUUACUGGUAUCAUGAGGAAUCACCUGAAUACUAUCAUCAACACUAUGAUGAAAGCCAGGAUUAUGGGAACGGCUACCACCAUUAUCAUGCAUCCGAGGAGGACUAUGGAGAUCACUCCGGUGAAUAUUAUGAUCAUGGAUAUAAUCAAGGAUCCUCACGAGGCGGCAACUAUCACUACACCGAGGGAGCAACAUACAAUCAGCAUGAUCAACACCAACAUCACUACUACGGGAGCGACUCCUGGAGUGCUUCUACAGUUCAUCAUUCUAGCGAUCAUGUCCAUUCCAGCAGUCAUGCCGUCGACAAUCAUACGCCGAAGACUGUAAUUCUAGAAUUACCAGUCUCUCCUCCGCCUCCAGCAUCUCCAGCCCCUCCCAAUAUUUCAGCUCUUUCCAUGCUUCGCACUGGUACACCUUUAUUUUCAACCAGCUUUCCAAAUCCAUCUCGGGCUCUUAGCAUCAACCGCGACCAGAGCCUCAGUGUGAAGCCGAUAGAUUCACAGUCCACACAAUCAGCUCGUUCCCCGACUCCAACUGAGUCCUUUUUCCAUAAUCUCUUUUGGAGAAGUCCGGUCAAGGCUAGAGCACGCACAAGGCCCUCCUCGCCAAUUGUCCGAUCGAAUUCGAGACAAAUGCUGCAUAGGCCUCAUUCACCUGCCAACAACUUGAACAGAUCGCCCUCAGCGGCCAGAAACUCUCCCAUGACUGGGUAUGACGCGACAAGAGGAAGAGAUAUAGGUUUUCUAGCGCCAUCUCCUGUGCAGGGUUGA